AUGAUUACUACCUCCUCCGAUGACUCCACAACAACUGUAUCCAGCUCAACCUCGGGUGGCACAUCAAAAACCCUAUCUGGCUCUACCUCGGUCAGUGGUACGUCAACUCAGUCUACUUCUUCGAGUGGUACAUCAAGCCAGUCUACUUUAUCCGAUUCCUCGAGCACUGCGGAUGCUCUUGACCUAGAGCAGAUGGUAUCCAUGGUAUCUACUCUGACAGGAACCGCAUCUGAGGAAAUGGCUGUGGUGAUUACCAACUGGCCAAAAAAGACGGCGACUGUUGCAUGGGAUGUGCUGGCCGAUGAGAUGACUCAGACCACAACUGGAACGUCGUCUGCUACAGGAGGCUUUUACAUCGGAUUGUGGUUUGGAGAUCUCAACGCCAACAUUCAGAAGGCAAACCUCAAAGAUUCAGAGACCAUAAAACAUGUGAAGGACAAUAUUGCCAAGGGUAAAUUAGUCAUUGAGAAUUAUAUCAAAAAGCGGAAGGAUGAUGGCAAGGGAGGCUCAGGAGGCAGCCAUCGAUCUGGCUGUAGCUCGAAGAAAGGGCUUUUCUCGGCUUUCACCAAUAUCAUUAACAAGGUCAGCUGCUUUGUGAACAAAGCGGAGGAUUCGAUUACAAAGGGAUCAAAGACUAUUGGACCUAUCAUCAAUGAUGGACUGGAUUUGACCAAGUCGGGUUUGUUGGACCUGAAGGAUAAAUUGCCUGAUGUCGACGGCAUCAGAAGCGAGAUUGAAUCUGAUUUCAAGAACAAAUUCGAGGAGUUGACGAAAGUCGCAGAGAAGCUGCAAAAUCUUGAAGAACAGGAAGAGAAUGAUGAUGACAAUAAGACCACCAGCGAAGAUAGCUCGACCGGAACUUCAUCUGGCACUUCAUCUGAAACUUCCACUGCCACAUCGACUGCCACAUCGACUGCCACCUGUACCUCUGAGACAACUGUCACAGACUGCCAGGAUAAAACACUCUUCAUUACGUCCACAGUUUCUUCUGGCUCAACUGGAAGUCCCACAGUCAUUACAAGCACGACCAGUACUUGUUCGACAAAGACUGGUUGCGAUAUCACUGCGACUACUGCAACCACUACCUUAUAUAGUGGUGUCAAGGCCUGCACACGUCGAAUAUUUUCCACUGUCAUCAUGACUGAAUAUUUAAGUGACACAUCGAAUGGUACCUCGUCUGGCACUAUUAUAUCUGGCCCCAAGAUAACAGGUAUAACUCUAACAACUACUACAAGAGCCUCCACAGCAUCAGGCCUAUGCCAGGGCACGGAUGUUUUGGUACCCUCAGGAACAAGAACGUACUGCAAAUGCUUGACAGCGACCACAGGCAUAGCCACCGAAUCAGUGACAAGCUACCUCACUGAGUCAUCUGGCGGAAAAUGCGCUGACUAUACAGCAUUCCCAACCACAGGCUUCAUGGACGUGUCAGAGACGUAUUCUGAUCUCUGCAAAGUCAACUUCGGUGGUGACGGUGGUAUAGAUGGCUAUAGCACUGGUGCAAAUAGCAAGUCUGGUUACUGUGCAUGCGAAUCAUCUGGCACGCAGAAAUGGGUCCCACUUCUACAUACCCAGGGCUCAGAGACAGCCUUGGUCUGCGCCUAUAUCACUUCAGUUUCGUUCACUACUAAUACCCCUACAACUACCGAGACACCGACCACCAUCUUUGUUACCGAUUUCACUUCCAGCGAUUUCGGUAAUGGGAAUCACUGGGCCUUUGCUACUGGCAUUGUGACCACCAACACGAAUAACUAUGGUUAUCUUGAUGAUUUCACUCCGAUUGUGGAGACCGUCGGCCAUGGCACAGCGACAAAAGAAUGGGUUACUAACUACGAGACUACGGAUGCCGGUACAACUUGGUGGUACGCCGAAGCAACCGGCGAUGGCAACGGGGAAGUGACAGCCGUCGGUGAGCCAACAGCAACUGCCGUGCCUUCGGCAACUCAGCACUGUGUCCGAUACGUGAUUCCCGGCCCAGAUACCAAUGCCGUGUACAAUUCUGCCAAGAACGAGUAUAUCUUCGUAAUCUACGGAGUUGAGGGCUGGGAUAAUAUCCAGAAUGCCGAUCAUCUCAUCGAAAAAAUCGAUAAUUGUGGAGUGUCAAACAUCCAUGCUGAAAUGAAUACUGGACUCUGGGGCACGACGGCAAUGUGGAGAGCUGCUAAUGGAUACUAUGAUGUACUAGAAACUUGUCUGAUGAGUGAAUUCGCCAAGCUUGGAGCGAAGACAGACGGCUGGGGAGGAUGUAAGGGUGAGUCAUGGCUUGGAGAGGCGACGGACUAUUAA